AUGAGUUGGCAACUGAACAUCAACUCCCGUGGUGACAAAGGCAACUUCGAUGUGCAUGCUGCAGUGACGCCAAGGAAGGUUAUGGGUGGUGUGGCCUCUUACCACGCCACUGGCCAAGGGAGUGGGGCUGGCUUCAGCAGCCGGAACCUCUACAGUCUUGGGGGGAAUCGGCAUAAUUCCUUCAAUGUGGCUGACAGUGGUGUUUGGGGUGGUAGCUUUGAGCAUGGCACUUAGUAUGGAGGCAACCCAGCCAGAGGCUUUGCUGGCAGCAUGUUUGGCAAUGUAGCCCUGGGACCUGGGUGUCUAUCUGUGUGCCCACCUAGAAGUAUCCACCAAGUCACUGUUAACAAGAACCUCCUGGCUCGCCUCAAUGUGGAGCUGGAUCCUGAGAUCCAGAAAGUGCAUGUCCAAGAGUGGGAGCAGAUCAAGACUCUGAAUGACAAGUUUGCUUCCUUCAUUGACAAGGUGCGCUUCCUGGAGCAGCAAAACCAGGUGCUACAGACCAAGUGAAAGCUGCUGCAACAGCUGGACCUGAACAACUGCAGGAAGAACCUGGAGCCCAUUUAUGAGGGCUGCAUUAGCAGCCUGUGGAAGCAACUGGGGAUACUGUCUGGUGACAAGGUGAGGCUGGAUGAGCUCAGGAGCAUGAGGGAUGUGGUGGAGGAUUACAAGAAGAGAUAUGAGAUGGAGAUUAGCCAGCUCGCAGAGGCCGAGAAUGAAUUUGUGGUGCUCAAGAAGAAUACAGAUGUGGCCUACACAGCCAGGGUGGAACUUGAGGCCAAGGCGGACUCUCUGGACAAAGACAUAAAAUUCCUUAAGUGUCUAUAUGAUGCGGAGAUCACCCAACUCCAGACUCAUACUGGUGAGACCUCUGUUAUCCUCUCCAUGGACAAUAACCAGCACCCAGACCUGGACAGUAUCAUCACUGAGGUCCGCACUCACUAUGAGGAUAUUGCCCAGAGGAGCAAGACUGAGGCUGAGGCACUGUACCAGAUCAAGAUUCAGUAGCUGCAGCUAGCAGUUGGCUGGCAUGGAGAUGACCUCAAACAUACCAGAAACGAGAUGUUACAGGUAAAUUGGCUCAUCCAGAAGAUUUGCUGUGACAUCACCAGCAUGGAGAAGCAAUGCUCCAACCUGGAGAUAGCUAUCACCGAUGACGACAGAGGGGACAGUGCUGUCAAGGAUGCCUGGGUCAAACUGGAUGAGCUGGAGGGUGCCCUGCACCAGGCUAAGGAUGAGCUGGCCCGGCUGCUGCGUGAGUACCAGGAACUCAUGAGCCUGAAGCUGGCCCUGGACAUGGAGAUCACCACCUACCUCAGGCUGCUGGAGGGCGAGGAGUGCAGGAUGUCUGGUGAGAAUCCACCCCCUGUGAGCAUCUCCAUCAUUAGCAGCAGUGGCUAUGGCUACCACCCCAGCUCCAUGAGCACUGACCUUGAGGUCAGCAGUGCAGCCAUCAACACUGGCAGCCUCUGAAGUGACCAGCCCAAGACUCAAGAAGCACAAGCAAGAGACCUCAAGGACUCUCAGGUCAAGAGUGUCCCAAUCAAUGCCCCAGCUGGGAAGACCACCGGAUAAGGCCACCUCCUCACUCACCUCAGCACCUGGAAGAAAAGAUGUCUUAGCCACUGCCCAAAGAUGCCUGCACUCCCAAGUCCUACAUCUCUGAAUUUUAGGACUGAGCAUGAUAUACUCAGCUCUCCACAUCAUGGGGUAUCUUACAUUUAAGUUCUGAUUGACAGAG